GGGGGAGAAGGAAAAAAAGAAAGAAAAAAAAGGGGGGUGGAGGGAGGGAAGAUGGGUGGGGGUGGAAUCGGGUGGCAAUGUUUCUAUUAUGCUUAAUGUAUGUAGGGUUUGGUGUCAGCGUUGCUUGUGCUGUUCACUUGUGUUCCUUUGGGACACCACCACUGUUUACUGCUUUGGUGCUUUCUUAAAUGUGCAUGUCACAAAGAACAGCCACAGAAGCUAUAGACAGGUGUUGCAAGUGAAGAUGACAGCAUCUUUUUAGGUGCAAAUCGCUUUUUGUUGUUUGCAGAAUUAAUUUUCCAAGAGAAAAUCUAGUCGUUUGUCUACUGUGUCAUGGUACACAAGAAUCAUAGAGUUGGAAUGCAUCUCGGGGAGUCAUCUAAUCCAACCCCCUGUUGAACCAUCCCAGCUAAGUACUGUAUCAGGGGAGCCUACAGCACAACUAAGUUUUACUUCGAAAGAUGUUUUAGCCAACGCUGCAUCACUCUGGAACAUUUUAAUCUUAUUGGAUCUUCAAAGCCAUUGUAUAUUAAGCCAAAAUUGAAAGAGGGCGGGGAGCAGCCGCCCUCCGAGUGCGCUCAUGUGCUGGUGUAAACUUCAAAAUGCUAGUGCUUCCUCCUACAGCAUGCAGCCACCGGGAGCGGGGCAGGGAUGUAAAUCUUUCGGCAGUAAGCUAUAAUCUAUGCAACAACGCUUAAUUAUUUUGUCCAGGUAGUUGUUUUUAAGUCUACAAUGUCAAGGCAGCCUGCCCAAAGUCUCUUAAUAAAAAUAAAAAAGCUCCCCAAAAUAACCCUUCCCCGCUUCUCCUGAGGCGAAGAAAUGCUGGUGUGGCCGAAGGUGAGCUUCCUUCGCGCCCCACAGAUCCCUUGUCAACUGACUCCCUCUCCCCCAGAGACCGGCGUCUGCCGUGCUCCGCAAGAAGCGGCAUUCCUUCGGGCCAUCUAAUUCGAAGGGGAAACGGUGGCGUCCCCCUGAACGCCGCCGCCGCCGCUUCCCCUUCCUAGGUCCUCCGUUGAGGACGGCCGCGCUCCGCCGCCUCUCGCUUCCUCGUUCCGGGCGGGGCGGAGGCGGGGCUAGCCGAGGCGGAGGUGAGGGGAGCGAAAAGGGCGGGGGGGGGGGUAGGCGAGCCCGGAGAAGAGACGCACGCGGCCUCCCUCCGCGCUGUUGGCCGUUGUGAUGUCACAACGCGCCGAAGGGGUUCGGAGAGGCUCCGCCCUCGUUUUGUAGAGCGCUUCGCCCGUUCGCCGCCACCGCCGCCGCCUCCUUCUUCUUACCCCCCUCCCUUCACUCCUUUCCCUGACUCUGUCCCCGCCCCUCUUCCCACCCACCCCGCCUCCCCCGGCGCGAGGAAGCACACACGCGCGACAGCUGUGACGGAGCUCCUUGCCGGACCUCAAAGCAGGCCCCACGAAAACUGUGCCUCGGCUCCGGCGCCUCCUCCUGCCCCCCACCCCCGCCCCUCAACCCCGGGCGGCCCCUCAGCGGUGGCGACGCGUUCUCGUGCGCGGCCCUCUCGCGCGUCUCUCUACAACCCCCUCCCUCCCCCCCCCCCCGGCACGGGGCGGUGGCGGUUGAACCACCCGCCGAGGUGAAUGAGCGGCGACGCCCCCGGAGGCCGCUGUUGGGGCGGGGGGGCUGCUUCCCCGCCAGCCGCAGCCCCCGUGGGGCGGGCCAGGCCCCCCGCACGAAGCAGCUCAGCUUAGAGGCUCUCUUUCUUCUUCUUCCCCCUCCCGCCCUACGGCAGCCCCGCGGGGAGCGGAGGGAGAGGGGCGCGCGGCAGGACAGCGGGUGCGUACCCCUCUCGGUAUGUCCGCGGCCGCCCCGCAGGCACCACUUCGCGGCGGGGAGAAGAGCAGCGGCGGCGGGGCCCGGCUGCCCGAAGAGAACCAUCAGGAGCAGCUCCUGUUUCCUUCCGGCCAAGUGACCGAAGCCCCCCGGGAAAGCGGCUCCGGUGAGGGGCUGCAGCAGCAGCAACAAGAGGGCGGCGGCGACGACGACGAGGAAGAGGAUAGUAGCAACGGCGACAAGUGCCAACCGGGGCAGCAGCAGCAGCAGCCGCCUCAGGCCGUCGAGGCCCCCCCGCCCAAGGAUAACCCCUGGACCCGCUGGAAGCCUCCCCCCGUCUCCGGCGGCAGCUUAUCCCCCUCCAGCGCCUCAGCCGGCAGCGAGCUCGCCCCGCAGGACUCGGGUAAGGAAAGGGUUGGGCGGACAGGGAGCUUGUGUUUUGACCUACUGCGGGGACGACCAGAGCCCCGCGUGGUGCUGCUGCUGCUGCUGCUGCUGCCUCCUUCUCAAGUUUCUUUAAAGCGUCCCCUCUCUCUUCCUCUCUCUCUCUUUCUCCACCCUCCCCCGCCCGCUUUCGGCGGCGACCCCGAAUGACACAGGCUUCGCAGAAAGGCGUGUGCUUGCUUGCCUCCAGCCAGCCAGCCGGUGCCAGGGAGCUCUUUUCAGCCUUGCCUGCCCUCUCUCAUGUUGCAUAUAUGGUCAGAUUAGGAAAAUGAGCGUGAAGAGGUGUGGCUUCUUCUGCCUUGGAGUUCUUUUGUGAGGUGGACGGUGAGAGCGAAGCGGUUGGGAAAGCCAGAACUCAGUUGGCGGCGGUAGGGAUGCCUAGAAGCGAAAGUGGCUACUUCUUAUUUGGGGGACGGGGGGACGGGACGGGACUGAGAAGAGAUCUAACUUGAUAGACGUCGUGGUGGUGGUGGUGGGGAACUGUUGUAGUCCCACUAUGCCCAUGCAGAACUUUUCUGUGUUUUUGUCCUUCUUUAUGCCUGUUGCUUGGUCUGCUUCGUGUCAGAAUCCUGUUUGGAUGCCACUUGUGUGCAGGGAAUAGUUUGUUCCUGCUUGCAUGUAAAUCGUUGUGCAUGUACCUCUGUUGUAUGCAUAUACAGUGGUACCUGGGGUUACAUAGGCUUCAGGUUACAUACGCUUCAGGUUACAGACUUCACUAACCCAGAAAUAGUACCUCAGGUUAAGAACUUUGCUUCAGGAUGAGAACAGUAAUCGUGUGGCGGCGGCGUGGCGGCAGCAGGAGGCCCCAUUAGCUAAAGUGGUGCAUCAGGUUAAGAACAGUUUCAGGUUAAGAACGGACCCCCAGAACGAAUUAAUUACUGUUACUUAACCCGAGGUACCACUGUAUACUGCAGUUCUACAUAUUUGUGAACUUAUAUGUAUGAGUGGUGCUGUUAAAUAAGUUUGCAGUACUUCCAAACAAAAACUUAACGAGUUAACAUAUGAAAUAGCCUCUACUCUUUCUUUGGUCACUGUGCAUGUUUGUCAACACUUGGCAUUACCUACAAUAAAACUGAAAAGCGUGAGUUCUGUAUAGAGUUUCCUUCAUUUUUUCCUGAGGGUGCUAUUCAUAGUUUAGGGUUCCUGUGAUAGUAUUCUGGUGGAAGCAAAUUCAAGGCUUUUAAACAUACAUUUGCGCUAACAGGUCUUUAGAGAAUGACCACUGUAGUAAUUAGUCAUGCUUUGCUUUGUAGUUCAUGCUUGAUGGUCUUGCAAGAAACUUUAGCAUGUGCUGUACUGUAUAUAAUUUGUGGAUCACAAAUCACGGUAUGCCACCGUGUAGCAGGAAUUAUCAUGAAAUGGUAUUCAAAUUCAGCAGCGGUAGUUGCAGCACUCUUUGAGAUAAUAGAAGGUAUUAUAUUAGUGCUUUGGGACUUAGCUAGAUUAAAGUGAUAUAACAGUACAAUUUAAAACUUGGAUAAAAGAAUUAAUUUAGUUGAAUUCUUAAGUACUUGCUCCCUAAUAAAUGUGUUGAAUAUUCUAGCUUAAAUAUCUUACAAAUAAAAAUAGAGUUCUGCCAUAAAUAACUAGUUUUUGUAUUUUACAUUUAAAAAAUAGGGAAAGUAAAAGGUUAAUUAGCAUUAAUUAGUAUUUUGUUAAAUAGAUAAUUUGUUUUGCAUAUCUUCAACUUUCAUGUAAUAAGUUCAUUAAGUGAUGCUAUGCAAACUGAUUCUACACAGUAAGACUGCAAUUUACACACAUUUAACUUGUGCGCAUUCAGCUUUACGUGCUUGCCUAGACAGAUGCAUAGUUGCUCAGGCACUACCUUGUAGUGCGAGAAUAGAAUAUUAAAGCAGCCAUGUUCAAAAAAGAUGAUGUCAGAUAUGAUAUGCCAGACUAGUUCUUGCUCUAAAUGUGGUGGUGGUUAGUAAUAUAUUAUGCUACUCAACCCUUUCUCCAAAAUGCUUAGAGUGGUGUUUAUGACACUCCCCAUUGGUCUCCAGAUUGGGGGUUGCCUGAGGCCACCAUGGUGCACAUGGUUGUCGCAUUGGAUACCCCAAUAGUACAGUACUAUUCUUCUGCAAUACAAUGAGCAUAAUCUCUACCACACAGUUGUUGUUUUGAUCAUAUUAUUUCUCUUUUGGAUAAGUUACUAGCUCACAUUCAAAAUGUGUUACAUAUUAAAAAGGAAUAUAUUACAAAGUAGUACUGUGUACAAUAUAUCUCUUCCAUCUUAAAUUCCUACAGUGUACAGCAUGGGGUCACAAUCUUGUUAGGCUCGUGUACAUUUGCACUCCUCCCUAGGUUGUUAAACAUAUACUGUAUAGGGAAAGCAUCCCCUCCAUCUAUAUUUGAUGCUUUUUGAUAGGACUAGCAGUUAUAAUUUUUUCCUCAUAACCGCCAGAAAGAUGCAAACAAUUAAUUGACAUUAGAUUAAUUUUAAUUAUUUAGCUAGCCUGCUAAGCACUAGAUAGUUUUUUGUUUUAAUUAGAUUUUGUUUAUAGUAUACUAUUUACAUUCUUAAUGUUUGAUUGACUUCUUGAAACUAGACUGUUUUGUUCCUUUAUUUUCACUUUGGCUCUAGAAUCUUCACUCAUAUGUCUGUUCAGAAUAUGAUACGGAGAAGACUUGAAGCAUUAAUCAUGUAUUAGUCAGUAAUAUUUGCCCUAAUAUUUGCCCUAAUAAUACAAAGUUUAUAAGAGUAUUUAUUUUUCCAGAAUUUUGUAUUCCACAUGUGACAGCUGUGGGGGCAUAGACUGAAAUAUUUAAAUAGUUGUUACAUAUAUCUAUAAGCAUAAUGGUAAAGUAAGAAUUUGUCUGACAUAGAUUGGAUAUUUGUUCUGAAAUCUACAAGUAUGAACUGUGCCAGUUUCAGCUCAUAAAGCACUAACUGGAGUAUAAAAAUACAUUUUAAUCUAUUUUUUUCUAACAAAAUCUCUUUUUAAAGCUAUCAUAAACUGAGAUUGCCAUGCAUCUUUAUUUUUGUAAUAUAGUCUACGUGUGAGUUUCAGUCAUCAAGUUUUAUAUAGGCUCCUAUCUAGAAGUCCCAUUGAUAGGAUAUCAAUGGGACGUACGGUUUCUGAUAAGUAUGGAUAGGAUUGCAGCCAUAAGAGUCUAACUUAUGUGAGUAAUUUGAUGUGAGUAAUCUUAGCAUUUUACAAGGCUAAUAGCAGUAUUCAAAUUAGAAUUAACACUUAAGCUAAUUUGACAAGCUGAAAAAAUGAUUUUUUCAAGUUCGAUCAUUAUCCAGUUAAUUUAAAAAAUCAUUUGUACUUUGUGGAAUUUCUAUGUUUCAACUUGUACUUAAACAAUUUGAGAGCAGAAAUUAAUCAUACUAUUUAAAUUAUGUGAUGAACUUGGUUUUGUUACUCUUUCUAGAUUACUUGAAUCACAUCUUUCUUUUAUUCAUUUUAGAAUUGCAGAGUUCUGCUAAAGUCAUAAAGGCUGGAAAAUCGAAAGUAAAGAAAUCGAGUAAGGUAUGUUUUAGGAGUCCAAAUCAGUUUUAUAGUCUAUUAAUUUAGGCUUAAAUUAUUAUAUUAAUUAGUAAUUAAUACUUUUAUAAUUAAUUAUUAAAUUCAUUUAUUGUAAUAUACUGAUAAUCCUGUAUUUGCAUAUUUAUUUAAUUUAUCAUAAGGACUUCUUUGAUACCACAUACUUCAUAUAAAUAGGUUUUUUAAUAUGGAAAAGACUAUAAAACCUGAACCAUAGGCUUCACCCUUAUUACUGAACUGUUGAAGCAAAGCUUUUAAGUUAUCAUCUUAUUCAAGUUCAGGAAGAAAGAUAGUGCUGGUGGACUUACAUGAAAUUCUUUUCUCAUAUACAAAUGUUGCUUUUAAAAUCUGUUUGUAUAUGCUUUUUAGAAAGUGGGAGUACCCAGAAAUUAAACUGUUGAAAGUUGUUUUAAAGCAAAACAAAAAAGUUUAUUAAAGAUUUAUUGAUACCUUUUUCAGGAUAGCCGUUAUCUUACAAUAUGGUCUGUCCUUCGAACUGAACAAGGGAUAAGUUACUGUAGGAGCAUCUUGAGAAGUAAACAGCUAGUCUGAGUGUUGUAUGUAAUUUUCCAAAGUGAUGGAAAAGUUUUCCUUACUAAGAGUUAUAUUGGAAAUAGAGGAUAAGCAGAAAAGCUAUGUGUCAGGACUGGUCGUUGUCCUCUUCAGAUCACCACACAAACGCUUCUUGUUCUUUUAUAACUUUUUAUUGUGUAUUAACAAAAUAAUCUUAUAAACAGUUCUUAACUAUUAUUCCUCAGAGUCACUUAUUUCAGAUACCUUCUGAGCUCUGCUUCUCCAUGACCAGCCACCCUCAAAAUGGCGAAGGCGCCCUUCCCUUUGUUUUCCCGCUCUUUUUUCUAACCUCCUGGCUAGAGCUGGCCUGUAUCUCCCCUCCUCCGAAUCUGAGCUAGAACUUAACCCUUGCCUUUCCUGUGAACAGCCGGUCCCUCCCUGUUGUUCCUCUUGCUCCCUUCUAUUAGAUUCACUGCUCUCCCUCCCCCCCUUGGGGAAUGCUUUCUCCCUCUGAUAAACUGGAAACUUCUAACUCUUCCCUGACACUAUGUUUAAUUGCUGAUUUUAGCUUCAAGUAAUUCACAUCCAUUGACUGUUAAUUAUUAUGCAAAUUAUUUCAUAACAUUAAUAUCAUAUUUGAAAAGACUGCCUUCAUAAAAAUGACUGAGCACAUUUUUUAAAAAAAGGUGUAUGGAUUCAGAAUUGCUGACCACGUUGCUGAGUUUGGUUUUUCACUGUCCUAUUUUGCGAGUCAGGAUGUGUAAGAAUCAAUAAUUUUUGUUUUGUGAUCUCAUUUCUGUAAAACUGUAGCAUAAAUCCAGUGUCAAAUGGGGGUGCUUGCUUGCUAUUGAACAAAUGUUUCUGGACGGUAAGAUGUGUUCAUUACCAUUGCAGGCAAAUGACUUCAGUGAUGCAUCAAACUGGCCAACACCAAGUGAAAUUGCCAACUCUGAAGUAAGUACACUUAUAACGUUUCUUUGUAACAACAACAAUGAAGUUUGCCACUUCUAUGUGGUGGGUAUCUCUUGCCUCAUAGAAAUAACAAACGAUAUUGCACUCUUCUCACAAUUCUGUCUACCAGCCAAUUUUCUCCUGUCUCUGCACUAUCAUCAUACUGCUCUUUUCAUAAUAGUAUUGUAACUUUCCCAGCUUCAGAAUGCUAGACAAGCUUAGGUUCAAUGUGGUAGCAGAGGAGCUAGCAGCUAUAAGGUACAAGAGAUGGAGAUGAGCAAGCUGGUUAACUGUUAGUUUAAUUGCUUGUAUGACUAGUAAUUUAAUUGCUUGUAUGACUAGGCAAGAAAAGCCAUCUAGAAAUACGUAAAUGUUAUCAUUGCAAUUUAAACUUGUUAAGGAAAUAAAUUUGCCUUCAUUGUAAAAUGAAGGCAAAUUUAUUUCCUUAACAAGUUUAAAUUGCAAUGAUAACAUUUACGUAUUUCUAGAUGGCUUUUCUUUUCUGUACCACAUAAAAAUAAUUUCAUAUUGUGACCUUUGCAAAACACAAUAUCAGUGAGGUAUGAUAGAACUAAUUGAUGCACGUAAUGUUCAGUUCAUUCUUAACACAUAAUUGAGUUGUACAAGGCUGACCUGUUAAUUAAUGACAAUUGUUUUGCAUACAGAUGACCUAGGUAUCUGUUUGGGAGAUCAGCAAGGGCAGCUAGACAAUUUACAGAAAAAUAUUUUUGGGCAGCCAGCCCCCUUUCCCUCUCCUAAAGCAUUCUGUAAAUAGCUCACGGUUCUCUACCCUAUGCCACAGGACUCUUGUAGCUGAUUUUUCUUAAGUAUGAUUUAGAAAUCUGAUUGAAUGUGGAAUGAUAUGGUACUUAAGCUGAAAAGGAUCAGUCCCAAUCUUCUGUCUGUGGCAGCAAAACCCAUUGCAACCUAUGUUCUUUAAAGCUAUAACUAGAGUCCCAAUCAUGGUUUAUUUGUGAGAAACAAACCAUAAGCACUGGUUUGAAUGUUACACUAAUGCAAGGCUUGUGGUUUGUUGCUUCAUCUGAACAAACGAAGGAAUGAAAUGGGAGCAUUUAGGUUUAAACAGCCACAUGGUUUAAACAAAUCACACAACUUGGAUUAGUGUUAUGUGAAACCCUGUUUGAAGGAGAAAGAACAUGGACCACCAUCACUGCUGCAAGAAAGCUGCUCCACUCAGAGAGUUCUGCCUGAGUGGUUCGUAGUAACAAAUGAUCUGUCUCUUUGUAACUCACCCACAUGAAAGUGUUUUGCAGAGAAAGCUACCAUUGCUCAGCUGAGGUAGAUACCAAAAGUGGUUUUGAGGAAGCAGCUAUUGCUUAUUUCGGCAAGUUGCCUCCAAAGAAAGAAAGAGAAGGAAACAGAGAAAAGGAAGGAUUGCAGAGGAGCCUGCUAGUAGAAGCAUGUGGGGAAGAGAAAGGGAGCCAUAGUAAUAAUAAUGGAUUUAACUGUUGUCACAUUAGCUGGAAAUCUAACUCUACUAAUAAUGGAAUACAGACAUAUCUUGGUCCUCGAAUGCCUUGGUACUCGUACAUUUUGGCUCCCGAACGCCAAAACCCUGGAAGUAAGUGUUCUGGUUUUCAAACUUUUUUGGAAGCCGAACAUCUGACGCGGCUUCUGCUUGAGUGCAGGAAGCUCCUGCAGCCAAUCGGAAGCCGCACCUUGGUUUUCAAACGGUUUUGGGAGCUGAACGGACUUCGGAAUGGAUUACAUUCAAGAACCAAGGUAUGACUAUUCAGUUAUACAUAUACAUAUAUGAAAAGGCAGUUUUUAGUACUUUUUUGUAGCAAUAAACAAAUUUAACAAUGAACUGAGGUAGAUUGAAUCAAGUUAAUAAUAUACAACAAUACUGACAACACUUAGCAAAAAAAAACCCUUCUUGGGUCUGUCCAUAUGUUCUUGCGCUCACUGAUGCGAUUGGGGAAGGCAAUAGAGGAAUUGUGGUAGCAAGCCGCCCCUCACAUGUUAAUUGUGCCAUGUACCUUGCUUUUGCAGGUUCCUUGGAAACAUGUACAGAGCCUUCAUACAUAUAGCUGGCUCUGAAUACGUGUGAAUAGGGACUGUACAGAUAGUAUAGCCAACACAUAUAAGUUGAGGCUGGGAGUUUCUGCUGGCAGUUUCUGCUGUGAUUCUGUUCCUUUGCAUAUGUCAGCUGAACACUUGAUAAAAGGACAGUAGGAAAGAGUGGUUUGCUUUUUUAUCAUGGAGCUCAAAUUUGGCAGCAGGGAUGGGAUGGCUGCAAAUAUUUGAAUGGGGUUAGGAUUCAGCUCUAAUUUUUUCCCUGUUGUGUUACAGUGUAAAAAUAUAAGCAAUCAGAAUAAAAAAACUCCAAUCAAAAAAGAGAAAGAAGAGAAGAAUGAAAGGAAGAAUAAUAGCAAAAUCAAAGAAAACCUGGAAAUAAAUCCGGAUAUUCCUGGCGAAAAUGUUAGUGAAGAUGAGGCUCAGAUUAACAAUCAAAAGAAAAAAGGUUGGUCUGGGCUAGCAUAUUAAUAACGUUUUCUAUAACCUGAGGUAUCAUGACUAAAUUUAAAAAAUGGAGCUGUAAUGUGUGUUUGUGCUCUUGAUUUCUGACAUUCUUGUUAAUUUUAUUGACAGUUUUUUAAAGGUUGAAACUCUAAUUUACGACUGUUUCAAUAGUGCUUGUUCUAUUGUGCUUGCACAAAUCUUGCUGUAUUAAUAUUUUAGGAUUUAGCAAAUCUUCAUUUUCCUAAAAUUUUAAAUUUGGGCAUUAAUUUAUAUAUAAAGAAAUUUCAUUAGCUUUUUCUGUGUGAAGAUCAGUAACCUCAUACUGCAAAUGCAUGCAGAUGAAUCCUUAGAUAAAAUUUUAAUCUAAGGCAGAACACAAAAAUCAUAUUCAGAAACAAGGAGCUGCUUCAGCACUUUGAGUGCAUCACGUCAGUUUUGUCAUGAGAGGGAAUUCCUUAAUCCUCUGACAGUGUCUUGUUUCCCCACAAGUCACUUAAUGAGGUGGCAACCAACCUAAUAUCCUGCUUAUAUUACAGGAAAAACUCACAUAGGCUAGAAGUAUGAAAUCAGAUAUUCUUCAUCUGGGAUUAGCAUAGGUUAGGUUUCAAAAGAGUUGGAAGGUAGAAAGGUGCAAAAGAGUGAGCAGUUAUAAUAUUAAUAUUACUACUAUGACAUAAAACUGUUCACUGUCUCCAAAGCACAUUAAACUGAAUAGUAUUUUCAGUGGUAUCCCCACAGAACUUAUGAAUGUGGUAAAAGGCACAGUGGGAUUACAUUUCUGAAGAACUGCUUUAAAAGAGUGUCCUUUUAAGACCUUACUGAGGCCCACCAGUGAUAUCUUACUAUUCCUGCAGCAGUCUGAUUUUCUGGGGUUUGCAUACAUGCAAGGAGUCCCCACAGAUAUAACAGCUCCCUACCUUUCAUCUUAUGGAAGGUGCCAAAAAUGAAAGGAGGCAGAGCUAGCAUGCCUUCCUCCACAGCUCCCCCUCAUCUAAUAACUUGCAUAUGUGCAUAUUUAUUCAAAAUGUGGGAACUAAUACUUAGUAAAUGUAAUAUAUUUUAUAGGGUUAAUGGGUAUUCUUAACAGCAUUCUAGUUCUAUAUUUUACACUUGAAGGUAACAAGCACAAAUGGGUGCCACUUCAUUUAGAUGAUAUGAAGCCAGAAGGCCAAGAUAGACCAGGAUCUCGGAACAGUUCAAGAUCUCAGCCAGAAACAGGCAAGCUUGUGCCACACAACAACAGACGCAAUGAGACAAGAACUAGUAUGUCAUCUAAAUUUUAUUGAUUUGUGUUUGCAUUUAAUUGACAACUACUUCUUGUUAAAACUUCUGUAACUUCUGUAACUUUAGGAAUCUACAUUUCUUCUCCUAUUUCUAAAAGGCUGGCGACGGGAUAGAGAAAAACGAGAUGAUCAUGAUGAAGUCUCUAGUGUGAGAAGUGAAGGUGGCAGUAUUCGAGGGUUUUACAGAGGAAGAGGAAGGGGCAGAGGAAGAGGAAGAGGACGUGGAAGAGGAAACCCUCGAAGUAUGAAAAUAGAAAUUAUUAUGAAAAAAUUAUAUUGACAGUUCGAAUAGUGUCUGUUCCCAUAGGAAUUAGUUAAUUGCCAUUUAUGUCCUUCCAUUGUGAAAAUUGUCCUUCUGUUCCCUAUUAUCCUGUCAUUAAGCAAUUAUUGCUUCCUGAGAGAGAGAGUCCUCUUAUUCCAUGAUUAUAAUGUUAGUGAGAAACUUUGCCAUGUGUUUUCUGAAAGUAAAAGUAUAUUUCUACCCCAUGACUCCUGUAUAUGUAUUGUAAAAUGCUUUGAAGUUUUUUCUACAAUCAGGUGAUAUGUAAAUUUUAUGAAAUAAAUAAAAUAAAAUGUUGACUCUCUCAAAUAAUUCUAAACAUUGACUAGGUCGAGGCUUUAUAUUUUCACAUACUUAGACUCAUAAUUUGUAAUUCAAUUUUCUUCCUUCCUGAAGUGAACCAUGACUAUUCAUAUGGCUAUUGGGAACAAUAUAAUGAGAGAACUGACCAGCCAUUUCAGCCAGAUCUUAACACUAGUAUGAUGUAUUACUAUGAUGAUGGAACAGGAAUGCAGGUGUAUUCUGUUGAUGAAACACUACUAAAAGAAUACAUUAAACGCCAAAUGUAAGUAGACUGCUCUGUGUUUAUGGUGCAGGUGGUUGGGGAAGCAAGAUGUUAAACUUUGUGCCUGUACAAGACUACAUUCCUUUAAUAAGCCAGUGGUUUCAAAUAAACCUGUGGCAUAGGUUGGAAAUGCUACAAACAUUUCACUGUGAACUUUUAAUAAGAACAGGUCUUGAGUUUUUUGGUGUUAUAAACCACAUGCAAUCCAUGUGUAUACAUCCUUACUCCAUUCUGUCUGUGGCAUUUUGUUGACAUUGUAACUUAGGUAUGCUUGUGUUAUGGUAUAGUAAGACUGUGUACAUAUGAAAACUUUGUAAUUAUGUUGGCUUGGAAGUAAUUUUGCCAUUCUUAAUUUUUCUUUCCAAAGUACUUAUUGGUGCUUUGCCAUUGUGUUUGAAUUGAAGAAAACAUAUUGUAUAUAGCUAUACAGUGGUGCCUCGCAAGACAAAAUUAAUUCGUUCCGCGAGUUUUGUCGUCUUGCGAUUUUUUUUGUCUUGCGAAGCACAGUGUCGGGAAAGUUUUGGAAAAGCUUCAAAAAUCACCAAAGUCUUUAAAAACCUCAAAAAAGGCUACCACACCGCGUUCUAUGAGUUGCUCCUCGAAGUCAAGUCGCAACUGUAUUAACGGUGUUAAGAAAAUGAAACAAACUUGCAAGACGUUCCGUCUUGCGAAGCAAGCCCAUAGCGAAAAUCGUCUUGCGAAGCAGCUCAAAAAACAAAAAACCCUUUCGUCUAGCGAGUUUUUUGUCUUGCGAGGCAUUUGUCUUGCGAGGUACCACUGUAAAUGGAAAUAUUCCCUUGUAUUUCAAUGGGUUGUGAAAAGCCAUUUGGAAGGCUGGUUAUCCAAAUCCCUGGAGAAAAUUAUUGCUGUUGUUAUUAUUAAUUAAAUUUCUGUACUGCUCUUCAUUCAAGGAUCACAGUGUGGUUCAGAAUUUUCAGAUUGUAGUGAAGGGUUUAUGAAUUAGCAUAUUGCACACUCUGUUUUGCCAUAGUUUAAUGGUGGUUUUUGUUGCUCUUGCAUUUUAUGUGGCUUGUUGCUUGCUUGUUUUGUUACAGUUAAUGCAAAUGAAAAAAAGAAAAACAAAUUUGGUUUAUUGGCAGAUAGACUCUGGCUUGAGGCUGCCAGUUUCAAUUUUUUCCAGUUAUUGUUGCUGGGCCUUGUGAAACCUGACAGUUCCAUGUCACAUUAAUCAGCUGGCUUCCACUGCCCUCAGACACUUCUUCUUUGUGGUCAGAUUUCUGAGCUUGCAGUAUAGAAUCCAGAUUCUCUAAGGUAGAACAUGAUGAUGUCCCCCUCUGAUGCUCAGCACAUUGUUAAACCAAAUAUUGGUCAUAUCUUCAAGUUCUGCUAUUAAUAGUAGGAUUUAGUCAGAUAUCCCAGUAGUGGUUAAAUUAUUCACAAAGUCUCCUUAAUUAGUUUGGAAAUUUCCAAGCCUUAUCAUGGAAUGUGCUACUGUUCUUGGAAUGUUAGAGGCUUUUUUCACCUUCCAAAUAGUUUGGAAGGUCUUACAAUUUUCUAAUUGGGUGUCUGUCCAGCCUUUUGUUGCAAUAGGUCUUUAUUUUCUAAAUUAUUAAGUACUAGAAUUUCUGGACUGUGUUUACAGAUUCUGCAGCCAUAUAGAAAUAAAGCGUUAAGACAAGUUAGAAUAUGCAUAAUUUAAUUUCUAGUAUUGCUAAUUAUAGUUUUAAUUAAAUAGCUGGCCUUGAAACCCUCCUCCCCCAAGCGUUCUAUUUGUUCUUAAUUGGGAUAACCUUAUAAGAGAGAAAAUUAAUAUAAAGUGCAUACAUUGUUGUUGUUGUUUUUUAAACACAACCAUAAUUUGCAUUUGUUGCCAUAAACUGCACUUCCUUAUGUUCUAAGAGAAACCUUAUCGGAAUCAUUUUGAAAAUUAAUAUAAUUGGUUCCAUUCUGAAAAUAGAAUUCAGAUAAAAUGAGUUUCUACCUUAUCAGAGUUCUGAAUGUUGUGUAGAAUUCAGAGCUAAAAUGAUUAUGUAUUUUUGUCAUCAAUAUUGAUUUGUUGCCUUCCAUGUUUUGGAGGAAAAGGCCUUUCUUAAACCAAAACCUUGAGGGUAUGUCUUCUUCCUUUUUCGUAGUUUGGUAAAGUUAUACUACCUAUGUAAUGUUGUGGCAUAUUUCUGGCUUCAGUGGGAUUGAGGGAUAUUAUUUCAGAUAAUCAGUAGUUGGUUUCAAUAAGCUAUAAGUCUGUCUUGGGCUAAUUUUCUUGGGGGCUCCAUAUGUAUAUUUUGACACUUUUCGAACCAUAUGCACUCUUUGCUCUUGAGAGCAUCUCCGGAGCCUUUAUUAUUAACUCACUUAUGGAAAUGUAUUUUCCCCUUCUUUCUGUGUUCCAUAUUUUGGACACUUUCCAAUAUUUCCCAGAGAUAAGAAUCUUGGGUGUCUUACAAGCUCAUUCAAACACUUUUGAGAGCAUUUUCUAGGUGACCACAGUGAAUAUAAACCAAGAAUUUUUACUUCCCAGAUGGACUUUAAAUUGUCACUUUGUAGAAAAAUGUAUGCUGCUUUAAGGCAGAGAAUAUGCUAGUAUCUUUAGGCAGUUUCUUUUUACUUGUGUAUCUUUCCACCUUACUGAAGUACAUGCAUAUCUUCCUGAUCUUUUCAAAGCUCAUGCCCUUCUUUUAUCCACAUCUUUUAAUGUUUGUGUUUUAUCGUAUAGGAUAUGCAUCCCAUGGUGGUUUUAUGAUAGUAUAAAUUAAUCAUUCUAAGAAUUGCAUUUUUUGUAACUUAAACUUUUUUCCCUUUCCAUGAUAAUGCCAUUAUAACUAUUACUAUUACUCUAUGAACAUAAUAGAAAUUUAAAAUACAGUAAUAACAUUAUUAUUAAUUAUUUAUUUAUACACCGCCCAUCUGGCUGAGUUUCCCCAGCUAAUGCUACUUUGAGGUAGUUGAAGGAGGGGCCACUAAUAAACUUAACUCCAUUGCAUGACUAUAAUAGUGACUACUACUGUACGCUCAUAAGAGCCUUCUGCAUCAAGCCAAUGGUCCCAUCUAAUCCAGCAUCCUGUUUUCACAGUGCCCCAUCAGGUGCUUGUGAGAAACACACAAGCAGGACCCAAGCAAAAGAGCCCCCUCCCUCCCUCCCAUUUCCAGCCACUAGUGUUCUGAAGCAAACUGCCUCCAUGGUCUCCAACCGUGGAAGCAGAGUGUAGCCCUUGAAAGCUAUUGAUAGUCUUAUUCUCGAAUACUGAAAUUACACAUUAUUGAUGCAAGGUAGAGAGAAAAUAAAAUGACUAUUUUUUUAACUUGGGCAUUUACUUCUGCACUGUAUUGAAAACAGGGAUAAGAUCAGCAUGUGUACCCAACUGUGCAGUUUGUUUUGUUGCAAAUAAUUAUACAUUCUAGUCAUAUGAUAAUGCUUAUCUUAGUAGGUGUGUGUACUCUAAUUGUAUAUUACACCUGUUCUGUAUUUCUAUACAAUAGCUGUUCUUUGUUGGGGUGAAAAAGCAUUCUACUGCCUGAUUGAAGACAGGAAACAGUUAAUUGUUUGGCUUCUGCUGAGUAGACUCCUGUUCAUAUCCUGGUUUUCCUGAGAAGGAAAAUCUCUUCUAUGCCCUUUCUUCACUUUAACUGGCUCUUCAUUCUAACCUGUUAAUUUUUCAGCGCCUUUUCUUUUUCUUAUCUUUGUCUUAUGGAAGAAACCUGCCUCCAUCUGCCUGCCUUUCUUGUUUUCUCUACUCUUGUGGCUCUUCCUGAGAACUCCUGCAAAGACAAAAAUCGAACAUGCUUCACAUGGAGAAAGAAAAACAACCCAAGUCUGUCAAACCUGUGAUUAUGAUGCUGCCAAAUCUGGGUUUGAUGUAGACUGCUUUGAUCUAGAGACCUACCAGCUUUUGAAAUUAUAAGGCUUCCUUUGCUUCUAGUUUCAUAACAGAACAUUCUAGGGUGAACUCAGAAGCAAAAAGUGACCAGAAAACAUGAAUGACGCUGGUUUGUCAGACCUGAUCGCAAAAACAAAGGUGUGGAGCAGGUGGGAAUUUGUCCUACAUGGAAGCCCAAUAGCCAUCUAAUUAUUGAAGACUGUCAAACUGAAAUGGAGGGCAUUUCUGAAGCCCAAAAUAGACCCUGCUCCUCUAAGCCAAAAUUGCCCAGGCAGGGAGAAGUUCUUCCUUUGAUGGAUGAAGCAAAUAAUAACGUCCCAAAGCUGUGCAUUUUAUCUGAUUUUGCCACAGUCAAAACGGGCUUCUGAAACGAAGCAUUCCUCAGAGGAAUUGCCCUAAUACAUUCCUUCUCCUCAUCUCACAGGCAGUUCUCAACUCUGCAGAUACUUUUCAAAGGAUGGCACAAGCCAGCUUGAGGACUUCUCAGAAGAGUCCCUCUUGGUAGCUCUUGCUAAAGUAGAUGGAGAUGUGUGUACGUUUUUCAACUUCCAAACUAGCUACCAGAGAGGGUCCCCUCUCUGUAACCCAUACAAGACAAUUUAGAAUACAUGUGUGUCUGCAAAAGCUGUCCUCGACCAGAGAUUCUGGCAACAAGUUUUCUAUCUAUAACACGAGCCCAUUGUCUUUCUCCCAAGAUAUAGUUUCACUUUGGCAAAUCGAGUUUUGUUGGUUGUUUUUUCAUCCCAACUGUGAAUGUACUAUUGGCUACUUACUGUGAAAGGUGCAGUCAUACCUCGGGUUACAGACACUUCAGGUUGUGCGUUUUCGGGUUGCGCACCACACCAAACCUGGAAGUACUGGAAUGGGUUACUUCCGGUUUCGGCACUCGUGCAUGCACAGAAGCACUAAAUUGCGCUUUGCGCAUGCACACAAGUGCUGACCUGUGCAUGCGUAGACGCGGCGCUGUGGGUUGUGAAUGCUGCAGGUUGCGAACGUGUCUCCCGCACAGAUCACGUUCGCAACCCGAGCAUCCACUGUACUUCUUUCUAGUUGGGGGUUGAAAAGCAACCAAGCUUCAGUGGGCCCAAUGCAUACCAGGCUUCAUGCUCUCCUGUCCUGAUGCAUCUCUCAGUCCUCAGUCAAAGCACUCAGUUUUUGCUAUCUUCUUCCUGAGAUUCCCUCUUCGCUCCUUUUCCGCUGUUUCUCCCCACAGAAGCAACCCUCUUUGCUUUCCUCUUUAGGCCUUUAGCAGACAGCAGUGAAACUAACAAGUUUACUCAGCAAAGCUGGGGAAGGAGCUAACAGUCUGUCUUCACUCAGGCUAGCAUAAACCAUUCCUAUGACUCCUUUUACUGGUCAUGGUAAGUGAAGCAAUGGUACUUUAUUUUGAUAAGUUAUUUUAUUAUUAUUUAAUAUUCACAGUGGUAUAGGACAAUAUCUUCAAAAAGUUAGUAAAAUGAGAAAACAAAUAUUUACUACAAAGAGAUAAGUAAGCCAGCUUUGAUAAAGGGUGAUGGUAGUUUAGAAGAACGUAGUGGGCUAACCAAACAUUCUUCUUUAUUUAGUGAGUAUUAUUUCAGUGUAGAAAACUUGGAAAGAGACUUCUUCUUGAGGAGAAAGAUGGACCAACAAGGAUUCUUGCCUAUUUCUUUGAUUGCCAGUUUCCAUCGUGUGCAGGCUCUUACUACAAAUGUUAGUCUAAUAUUAGAGGUAAGCCAAUUUCAGUUUUUAGUCCCUACUGUAAUAUAAAUCUUUUUUUGGGGGGGGAGGAAUCUUUUUUGGAAACCUGAAUUAGAAACUUCAACAAAGCUUGGUUCAAUUUUUUUGUCUAGCCUAAAGCUACUUAAUGCUUCAAAAUCCAGUUUUUAUAAAAUUGUACAUUUGAAUUCAAAAAAUACCAAAGCAAUACAUGUCUAAUAUGCAAGCUGAUCAAUAUAAAAUGAAUUUCAGCAUAUUUUGGUUAUUUCACUUGCCAUUGAGGGCUGUUAAAUGUAGAACUUUAAGAAAACAAAUGUGGGAAUUCUAAAUUACUUUUCCACAGAAAGGUGAAAAAUACGUUCUCCUUUAAAAAAACACAAACAACCAGUAAUACAUCUUAGUAAAGCAGAAUACGUUAAUGGCUCCUUACCAGCAAGAAGAGGUACAUUGGUCCUUCUUGGUAUCAAUCCUACAUUGUCAGGAAUAAUUGAAACAAUUAUGAAAUUCAUUCUGAAAGAAAUAGGUUAGAACAUACCCAUUGGAACUAUAAAAAAUAAGUCAAGAUGUGGUAGCACUUUUGGGGUGGACUUUCUGUUUCUAAAUGGAAGUGUAUGAUCUCUCAGACUCUUGCAAGAUUUAGGAAACAAGCAAUCUCUGCUCUUGGAUAUCCCUUUGAUACAAAGAAAAAAUAGAUAAUCAGAAAGGCAUUGUUGGCUUCAUGAUGAAAUGUGAAUCCUAUUGAUAAGCUAAGUAUGUUUUCUCUGUAGAAAAGGUAGAAUAUAUAUGAAACAGCCAUUUGAAACAAAAAAAGUGUUACACAACAUUACAAUUUAUUUGUAUUUAUGUAUUUGUGUCAUCUAGGCUUUAAAGGACAGUACAGAAGUAGAAAUAGUGGAUCAGAAGAUGAGGAAAAGAGUAGAACCAGAGAAAUGGCCAAUUCCAGGACCCUCUCCACGCAGACCUCCACAAACAGACUUUUCUCAGCUUAUUAACUGUCCAGAAUUUAUACCAGGCAAAGUUUUUGGUUCACAUACUGGUAAGGUAUUUUUAUUUCUUUUUCCACCUAACUUUGAAAAACAUGUGAACUUCUGUCGACUGAGGACAUGCACAGAACUCCCUUUCUUGUGCAGUAGGCCACCCCCAUUCUACUGUCCCACAGUACUGCUUGAAGUUUGAUCUUAAUCCAAGGAAGCACUAAGUUGAGGGUUCUUUAGGUGAAAACAUAUUUCCUAUCUUGGACAAUGAACAGCCUGACUUCUAUAGCAGUUGCCUUCCUUUUGAUGACACUUGAAUAUGCAGGUAGAUUGGCUAAGGUGGCAAUAACUGCACUAGAAUAGAUCCUUCAUGAGAUUUCCUUUCCAGCACCAGCUGCUGGGCUAUCCCAGGGCCUGGACUGCUUUGUCUCCCCGGAUAACUACCAAUACACUUGUCUGUUGCUGCUUUUUGUUUCCACUCUUUCUACCUGUUUUUCAAGUUGCCUGCCACCUAGUAGACCUUCUCUUGCCAUGUAGUUCAAUUAAUAGUUGUAGUUAUCUCCCCAAACUGGGAAUGAUUUCCUCUCUGGUCAGUGAUAUAAGUUUUGUUGGCCUUGAUAUCUGAGUCAGAGGAGGAAUCAACUCUUUCAUUUUUCUUAUUACUGUCCUACCAGCUAAACAGGAGGGGAACAUGACAGUAGAUCAGGGAAUGAUUCAAAGCUCCAGUUCUACACUUGUCAGCUACACCUUACAUUUUAAAAUAUUCUGUAGACUUAUUUGUCUUAAAACACAUAUCAAUAAGGACAUGAAUGGAAAAGUAGGUCAACUUCAUGAAAGAAAAAUAGUAAGUCAAACAAUAGUAAACAAUAGCCUGAUCUGUUCUAAAUACAGAAAUAAUUUUCAAUCUUAGAAUCUGCACCAAGUUCUCCAAGAAUGGGAAGUCUAACUACUAAGAAAAGCACAGAAACAAGUAACCUUCAAACAAUGUCUAAAGGAUUAUCUACAAGCUUGCCAGAUCUGGACUCUGAACCUUGGAUAGAAGUUAAAAAAAGACAUCGUCCAUCCCCAGCAAAGCCAAAGGUAUUGUAAGAUGUUCUAAGUUACGUGUCUUCCAGAUACUGUAAAAAGUAUUUCAGGAUAGUUCUGUACCUGGAAUGCUAGAUAAAUAAGGCACAUUCAAAUGAAUUUAGAAUUGGUGAUAAAAUGAGAUUACAGUGGUACCUUGGCUUAAAUUCCUUCCGGAAAAUGUGGAUUUAGACAUGGGAUGUAAUGUACCAUGACCCUAGACCAGGCAUCCCCAAUCUUCGGCCCUCCAGAUGUUUUGGACUACAAUUUCCAUCAUCCCUGACCGCUGGUCCUGCUAGCUAGGGAUCAUGGGAGUUGUAGGCCAAAACAUCUGGAGGGCCACAGGUUGGGGGUGCCUGACCUAGACACAUGUCGAAGUACAGCCUUCAGGCCAUCAUAACUUUAGCAAAUAUACUGUAUUCUUUUAGUGAUUUUGGUCUCAAGCACGAAUUGUCUCUGUCUGUUAAUUAUUCAUUUUAUUCACCUUUACAUACUGUUUUCCAAAGUGCCUCACAGUAUUUUCUUUUUUAAAAAAUAGACAUAAGCUUUGUCCUUGAGCUUAAAUGUGAAUAGGCAAGAUGCAUAUGGAAGGGGAAAAAGGUAGAGGAGGGAGAUCAGCUUGACAAUGCCACAAUUACAUGCUGAGUUGUAUAUAGGGACUUGUAUCCAUCUGUGCCCAUGUUGAUAUUUUUUUUGCUGAUUCUUUUACUCGAAUUGAAAUGGGUUUACUUUCCAGUGGCCUAUGGUUCACUCACUGCAGCAGGGGCUAGUGACCUUUCCCUUAUUUCCGCAUUGCUAAAGUAAUGGGAACAAGAGCUGCACUUUCAGACAGGGAAGGGUAGACAAGCUCUGCACAGUUGCUUCUGCUGGCACUAGACUGGUCUUCACCUUGCUAUUGCGUUUUUCUUAGGAGGGAGGUACUUAAAGCUACAUGGAUCCAUCAUUGGUACAGUGGUACCUCGGGUUACAUAUGCUUCAGGUUACACACGCUUCAGGUUACAGACUCCGCUAACCCAGAAAUAGUACCUCAGGUUAAAAACUUUGCUUCAGGAUGAGAACAGAAAUCAUGCGAGGUGGCGGGGCGGCAGCAGGAGGCCCCAUUAGCUAAAGUGGUACCUCAGGUUAAGAACAGUUUCAGGUUAAGAACAGACCUCCGGAACGAAUUAAGUUCUUAACCAGAGGUACCACUGUACAUGUGCUUACAUUAUACCCCACAUCUGUGGAAAGCAGCCACAGGUGACAUGCUACUGAAUUUGUUUUGGGAAAAGAAAAAUAUGUAAAGCAUGCCAGCCACAAUCAAAACAUGCCAGCCACAAUCAGCGUAUUGAAAUCAGGAGGCUUAAGCAUGUUUGGCUCUCUGUUGAAUUGGGGCCAGUGUUAGAACUCUGUUACACUAUAGAACUAUUUUUUGAAUUGAGUUGUAAGCCUAAGAAAAAAGGUGUGGUUUUAAGAAGUGUAAAUGAUAAUUUGUUAAUCCUUCUGUUCCAUUCUGUAUGACUUGGGAUGCUGAAACUGCUAUUCCUGCAGUUAAUUCCUCUGUUCAUUUUAUUUCCAGUUAGAUACUUUCCCAAUAUUAUUUCAAGAAGUGAUAAAUUAGCUUUGAUUCACUGAAAGUGUGAAACACUUUUGCCUUUUCCAGGAAUCUGUGCCUGCAAUUGAGGAGAUGUCAGGACAGCAGCAGCCACUGCCUUUAGAGGAACAAGAACAGGAAGAACUUGAUUUUUUGUUUGAUGAAGAGAUGGAACAAAUAGAAGGCCGAAAAAAUACAUUCACUGAGUGGUCAGAUAGUGAUUCAGAUUAUGAAAUUGAUGAUCAGGAUUUAAAUAAGAUUUUGAUUGUAACACAAACGCCACCAUAUAUGAGAAAACAUCCUGGAGGAGAUCGCACUGGCAACCAUGUCUCACGAGCAAAAAUUACAUCAGAACUUGCCAAAGUUAUUAAUGAUGGCUUAUACUACUAUGAACAAGAUUUGUGGACAGAACAGAGUGAAAAUGACUGCAUUGCUUUGAAGGUAAUUAUGUUAAUGAAUGGUUAAUAAAUAGGUAUUAAAUGUUUAUUGAAUCAAAUACAUAUGUCGUGGGCUCAGAUUAUCAGCAGUGGUAAAUUAAGUAGAAAUCCAUAUGCUAAUAAAGUUUUGGUCUUUUUGUACUUGUGUUGGUAAUACUGGAAUUUAGACUUUAAAUGAAUGAACUCAUUGUCAAUUUUUGAGCUAGAUCAAUUUAAAAAAAAUAAGUGACAUGUUUGCAGAAGAACAAGAUACAUUUAAAUUGAGAAACUAAUGGUUUAGAAGUCAUUUGUCUGGUCUGUCUAGGUUUUGUUGCUAUCUUUUUCAGGUUCAGUGUUUAAAGCAGGUCUUUUCCUGCUUUAGGCACAGAAUCUUGAGAUCAAGGCAUUUUGUUCUUAGAUUUUAAAGUGAAAUUACUGUGGGCUUGCGAUAUUACUCAGUGUGUGGAACAUAGCAGGUUUUGUUUAUCCAAAGAUAAAGCCCACCAUUGUUGGUAUAGCCAGGAUUUAUGUCAGGGGGGACAAGCUUCAUGUUACCGGGGGCGGAACCUAAAUUAUUUUUAUUGAUUUACUUGCUGGGGGGCAGCUGCUCCCCUUAGCUGUGCUCAUGUCUACCAUUGGCAUAUAAUGCUAUACACAACUGGAGAUGUGAGAGAUUAGGGUACAAUUUCCUUUUUUCCUGCAUAUUAAAAAGAUGGGACAGUUGGUUGAGCAGCAUUCUUAAUCAUUCUUGCUAUCAAAAUCUUUCUGUUUGGCAACUUGUUUGAUAAGGGUGAUCACCUAUUUCAGACAUGGGAUAUGAACCUGGAAGGACUGGUUUUCUUUCAUUUUAGUGUUUUACUGUCUUCAUGAGCAUGACACAGUUUCAUUGCACCCUGCUUGCCAGUUGGAAUAAUUAUUAAAAUAUUAGUAAAUAAUAUGUGAUUAUUUAACAAAUAGUUCAUGUUGAUAUGGCUUGUUUCAGCUAUUAUCCUAUAAUUUAAUGAUACAUUGUUACAGAAGCUUUUAUCCCCACUUCAGCAAGAAGUUGAAAACUUUAAGAAGUUAAAUCUCAUCAGUAAAGAAGAAUUUGACAAUCUUACGCCUGAGCAUGCAAUUGAUCCAAAUCAGGAAGUUCCUCCGGGUCCUCCAAGAUCUCAACAAGGUAUAUAUUCAUAAUGUUGCAAAAUUAUAAGUUAUCAAGAUGGUAGUUGAUAUGGUGCAACCUGAUUGAGAACUCCAUGAGUCUUCACUAUUCACAUGGAGUUCCAGGUGCUUAUAGUGGUUCCUGUUCAGCUUGGUUACAAUGGACUUACUUUAUACAUACUGAGAGUAUAUGCAAUGAAUUUUUCUUACAAAUAAAAAGGGGGGACUCUUAAUUAAAUAUUGUUAUACUAAGAAGUUAAUAAAAGAAGAUAACAUUAAAUUUAAAGAAACAGAUAAACACAGAGCCAGGUAAAAGGCCUCGAAGAGCAACAGAAAGCAAGAUGCCUAGUGUUCAUCUGUUAAUCUGCUGGUCUUUCUGUUUAGACUUAACUGAAGAGCUGGCUUGUAAAUUGUUUGGCAUCCAAGAAAUACCUCCAACAACAAUGGCUCGCUCACUGCCAACAGCUGUCCCUGAAUCUCCUAGAGUCCACCCUACCAGAACACCCAAAACACCUCGUACACCAAGGCUACAAGAUCCUAACAAAACACCAAGGUUCUAUCCUGUGGUUAAAGAAGCAAGAUCCAUUGAUGUUAAGGUAGCUAAAUUAUUUCUACAUAAACUUUCAGAUCAUACUUACUGUUUCUUGUUGCCAGAGAUCACAGGCUUUGUAACACUUUCAAAAUUCCUGCUGCUCAAAUAUUGUAGUAUAGGAAAUAAUAAUUUUGGAUUUGACCAAAACUGCUAAAUCCAUUGUGAAAUAGUCACACUGUUAACUUCUUGUUUAAAGCUAGGCAGUUGGGUAGUCAAGCUCAACUUUAUGACCUCACAAUGCAUAUGAUAUACAAUGUGAAACUUUAUGAAGCUUGACUUUAAUUAGGCUGUGAUUCUUCAGAAAAGUGGCACCAGUCACAUCAGGAAAUUAUAAUGUUAUAUUUUAUUAUAGACACGGAGGAAAAGAAAAACACGGCAUAGUACAAACCCUCCAUUAGAAUGUCAUGUUGGCUGGGUAAUGGAUUCCAAGGAUCACAGGCCAAGAACAUCUUCUAUAAGGUAGCAAUAUUUUUUAAGAUUAUAACUUAGUUUAAUCUUCUGUGUUCAUAGGAUCAUUGGAAAAUUGCUUGAUUACACAAUAUAACAAAGCAAGUAAGAGGAAGAGAAUAAUGAGAGGAAUGAAAUACUCUUAAAAGCUGCAAGGUUUGCACACAUGAGCAGCAACUGUAGAGGGAAAGAGCAAGUGCUCACACCUAUUAUGUUGGGGAAAUUGUUAUUUAUAGAUGGUGGGUAUCCUUCAAAAUAAACACAGCCCCUAACUACAAGAUAUGGUCAGGUGUUGCCUGUUGAUGAACAUAACCUGCAAGCAUAUAUUGUCAGGAGUUUCAUAGAAAUGGAUUCCAUGUAUAUAAAUGGAAUGGAAAUCUCUUCCAGAACACAAAUUCGUAUUACACAAAACAGCUUGUGCUUAUGAAUGGUAGUACACAGUUUACAGGCACUUGCCACAUUGUUGGCUUACAUUUGUAUUGCAUCUGGCAUCAAUAUUUGUGAAAACAUUUUUAUCUAGUUAAGUGUAGGCAUUGUCUCAAUAGAAUGGCUACAUUUGGACAAUCAUUUGGGAUAAAAACAAACCACCUGUAUUCACAUGCAGCUGCUUUACUUCUUUUUAAGUGCACGGGGAGGCAAUCCAAGUAGCUACAUCUGAACUGGGAAGCUAGGAUAUAAACCCCUGGUUUAAACCAGCUUUCUGGAUUGUUUUCCUGCUCAUGAAGGUAGGAAUUACAUGAAGAUGCAGGAGGCUGAUUCAUUUUUUAAUUAUCCAAAUGCAACCAUUGUCAUAGUCACAGCAGGGAACAGUCAUGAAGUUCCAGGCAUAGGACUAAUUAGUAGGUAAUACCUGAAUGCAGUUAUGAAGCCUUCCUUGGAUGUAUAGUAGAUAAUACUGUGUCAUUUAGACUUGUUUUCUGUAGUGGUAGCUAGAGGAGUGUUCUGUGGUAAUUCCAUAUCUGUUGUGCCAGAACUGAAGGGCCUUUGCAAUCCUACAGGGUUCUAACAAAUUGUCAGAAAAAGCAGAGCUGAAUAAAGAGUUAGGUACGGUAGGACAUCACACUAGAAAGGGCUUUCUCAAAAGUAUAUGUAGAUCCAAAUCUAUUGGGUGGGUUUGCUAAACAUAAAUAAUUUUCAUUGUACAUGCAUUAUACUCCAGCCUGAACCUUGUGAAAUCAGAGCAGAUUCAAAAAUUUUGGGGAAAGUUUGUGGUAUACACCUUAAGAAUCUCCUACUUCAAAAUGCAGGCAAGAGAUGGCAUAUUUUAUGUUUCCGUCUGCCCAAAAUUCCCUUCAUGCAAAAAGGUAGCAUGAUCAGAUAAAUAUUAUUAUUUAACUAUGCUUCCUGCUAUACAUUUAAAUGUAGUCUUGCCACCUUCAUUUUGAAAUUAGUAUAGACCCUGGAGGCAUUCAGAAUGUUUGAUUUGACUUUAACUUUGAGGACCGCCUAUUGGUGACAGGGUUGGAAAGUUGGUUCUACAUUAUUCAUUAAAAGAGAAUGCACAAUUAUCUGUUUUCAAAAAUGUUCUGAAGAAUUUAAGCAGCUUGUCUUUUAUUUUCUAUAGUAGUUCAAAUGCAUCGCCAUUGGAAGGUGCUCCGCUAUCUGGAAGUUACGGCUGUACUCCAAAUUCGCUUCCUAAAUUUCAGCAUCCUUCUCAUGAACUUCUAAAAGAAAAUGGUUUUACACAGCAAGUGUACCACAAAUAUCGCCGUAGAUGCCUAAAUGGUAAAAAAUACGAUAUUUUUUCCUGCAACUGUAACGGGAAAUAGCUUUUUGUCUUUAGUUAUAAGAACCAUAACCAUUUAUGUUCUUGCUUUGUGUUUGUUCUUAUAGCUUGUAGGAUGUCAACAAUGUUAUAUAACUACAUAUUUUUGAAAGGGACUUGGAUCGCAAGUGGGUGCUCCUGCUGAAGUAAAAGGGGAGGCAGUUUUGAUUAUCCCUCAGCAUCCUUUUGCCCUCAGGGCAGCUUUUCAGGGCUCAGGAAAGGAAGCAUGGCCAAAAAUUGCCUCUUAGUUAUCUUUAUAGAAAAAUCAGGUUUGUGUUUUGAUGCCCUGACCUCACUGGAGCAUGGCAGAAACAGAAAUAAAUAAAUGCCAUAAUCGACUUUAACGUUCACUUCUUUUCAAGCUGUAGUGUAAGGUGUAUUGUUUUUUGUUGCUGCUCUUUUGUGGCAUAAAUUCAUACAAAGCAUCUGUUCUGAAGAAAGUAGAAUUAGAAUGCCAAAUAGAUUAUUUUUCAUCUUUGCUACCUUAUUAUUAUUUUUGUCUCCAGAAAGGAAACGGUUGGGAAUCGGCCAGUCUCAAGAAAUGAACACACUAUUUCGUUUCUGGUCCUUUUUCCUCAGAGACCACUUUAACAAGAAAAUGUAUGAAGAAUUCAAGCAACUUGCUCUAGAUGAUGCAAAAGAACACUACAGGUAGUGCUUUGUUUGACUUGUAAAGUCAUAUACGGUACAGGAACCCAGUGCCAACUUGUAUAGCAAUAUUAAUGGCAUUGGUUUGGUGCUUCUGAAGCAUUAGUAUAGCAAAAUAAAGUGGUUCCAGCUGCAGAAUAGAAAACAAAGAUUUCUUUCCAUCAUGCAGUGUUUCCUCUUGAAUAUGGAGCUUACAACAGACUGUAAAAAGUUAUCAGAUGGAUAAUUUAAGAGACUGUUUGCUAGGAAUCCUUGGCUGUCCAGUGUUCCUCAUUGGAUAGCAGCUUUGGGUGCACUUAACAAAUGUAAAGAUUCUUCUUUCAAUGUCUAAAUUUUUGCCAGAGUUUUGAUUCAAAGCAAAUGACAGAAAAACCCAACAGGCAGGUGCUUCCACCGUCUCCAUUUUUUGUUUUAAAUAACAUAAGAUUAGGAAUCUUUAUGGAAUUAUGUACAAGUCUUGUUAUAUUUGUUAGCAAUAUACUCACCACUAUUGUGCUGAUCAACAUGAAAAUAGCUCACACCAGGGCCUGGGCACUGUCCAAAAUCAAGUCCAGGGAUGUUUCUCCACUAUGUAGAUACAGUUAACUAGUGUAAGACAGUCGUUUAUCAUCUAGAAUCCCCACCUCCACUUCAUCAUAUCUAAAUUCCUUCUGUAAAAGUCAUCAUGAAAAUAUGCUGUUCUGUUUUCAGGGUAUGGCAUACUCAACAAGAAACAAGGUAGCUGCCUGUACUGAGGGGUAGGGGUGGGCGAGUGUGUGUGUGAGAGAGAGAACUAGCUUAUGAAAAUUGGAAUAGCUGGAUAAGCUUCCCAGAUUCCCAUGGCUGAUCCUUAAAGUGAUGUUUUGUUGUUGUUGUUUUUGCUAUAAGGAGAACAAUAAAUAUGGUAAAACAGCAUCAAUAGAUUUUUGUGCUCUUAUUCUUUAUUCACUGUUCUACAGAUACGGUCUGGAGUGUUUGUUCCGGUUUUACAGCUAUGGGCUGGAAAAAAAGUUCAGGCAGGAGAUCUUCAAAGAUUUCCAAGAAGAAACAAAGAGAGACUAUGAAUCUGGUAACACCUUGUUCAUAAUGGUCUUGUGUAAUAUAGCUUGACUUCAUGCUUAAUUAGUUUUAAGAUAUCUCCAACAUGUUCUCUCAUUAGGUCAACUCUAUGGACUAGAAAAAUUUUGGGCUUAUCUAAAGUAUUCACAGUCUAAAACUCCACCUAUUGAUCCAAAGCUUCAAGAAUACCUCUGUAACUUUAAAAGAUUGGAAGACUUCAGAGUAGAUGUAAGUGUUCAAGCUAUCUCAAGCAAAUUAAUUUAGUGUAUUAACAUUACUGACUGAUUUAAGAGACACAACCCCCAAAUUUAAUGUAAAGUCAACAAAUGUCUGUUAAGAUUGGAGGGUAAGUUUAAGACAUUCUGAAAUGUAAUAUGGUCUGAAAUGCCAAACCGAUUUGUAGUCAUGCUGCACAUUUUCUAUUCUGCUUUCUGCAUUAUGAAACUUUGUACAUGUCAUCUGUGUAGAUAAUCUUGUAUACCUGACAGUGACAACUAGAGCAAAGCAGGUCUUAAAAGAGAAAAUGUUGUUGCUGAGUUGUAUUUGAUACCUUUCAUGCAGGCCACAUUCCCUUUAUUUAUUCAAGAAACAAUUUCUCAUAUUUUGGCAUGAUGUCACUGCAUUUCAGCCAUUUGGAGUAACCAUUAAAUGCUCAGGCUUUGAGGUUCAAAACUAGAUCAUAAUAAGUUCUGAUAACUGCAAGGGUAUAAUAAUAUUUCCAUGCUUUCUUUCAGCCUCCCAUUAGUGAAGAAUCUGGGAGAAAACGACAUCCAACUGGUGAGGAAAGUGAUCGUCAUAGACAUCAAUCCAAUUCUUCCAAGAUCCUUGCUGGUAAUUCUACAGCUGCCCCUCAGGCGUGGGUCCCAAUAAACUUUCCCACUACAAAUACUGUACAGGAGUUGAGUAACAGCAUACACCAGAACAGUACUGCCACAAAAUCAAGAAGUGAUAUACCUGAGCAGUAGACUUUCAUUAAGCUUGAACCUUGAGAUCAACUCCUAAUGCCAGUAUUUUAGCUCAAGGAUCUUCAGGGAGAGCUAUUUUAAAGCUUGAUUAAAAACAAAUGUAUAGGAAAACGAAGGAUCGCAUUGGUUUCUCACAAAAUUAAGUUCCAAGUACUUGCCCUUGAUCAGUUGUACUGGGUUUGGCGAAUAAUCAAAGAGAUCCUAGGGAAAAUAUAUUGGUCUCCGUGUUGCUGUCCUUGACUUAUUGUUUACAGGAUCUGCAUUCCAAUAUUAUAUGCAAAAAUACUUUGGGAUGCCUUAUGGUUCAGCUCAUACUUCUUAAAGAAGUUAUGGUAUACUCAUGUAACUUACAAAGCUUUUUUCAUUCAAGUUUUCCAUCAUUAUUUCUACUUAUAGAAGCCAAAAAGAAGACAUUUUUAAUGGAGAAAUGACAUAAGUUGAUAAAUGCAUAUAUUACUAUCAACAAUUUUUUUUGCAGUACAUGCACACUCCAUGCUGUAUAGGAAUGUGCACGUUUCUUGGGUGCUGGAUUUUGUUUUGCUUUUUAGUUUAUUUCAGGAUCUCUUUUGCGUUGAGUAUGAAAUUUUGAGUUAGGCAUCAAUCUCUUUGGUUUAAGGUGUUUUAUUUUAUGCUGGUUCAUACUUGUACUUAGGCAAAAGUAGGUUGCAGAGGGAAAGGGGUAUGGCUUAGUAAACGUUACAUCUUUAAGUUUAAGCAGAAGGAUAAAAGUAAUAUGUGGCUCACUAAUCACCCUUCAGUUAGAAGAGAUGCUUGUGUUUUCUGUUUAAUUGCUCUACUAAGUGACUUGCACUUCAAGGAGAGGUUAUUUUUAAACAAUUAUAUUUUGUUAUUUGACACUGUUUUUAUUUAAAGUACAAAUUUGACACUGUUUUUAUUUAAAGUACAAAUAUAGUACAUUCUAAAAAAUGUUGUCAAAAUGGGUUUAAAUAAAGUGCAAAUUUCAUACUCUGCUACGACCAACUGAACUUAAAUUGUCCAAGUCAUCACUUUUCUUAAAUGUAAAUGAUUAAUUCAAAUAGUAGUUAUUUGUAUUGGGAGGUAGAAGUUAAGGGGAUACUUAACCUGUAAUUACCUGUUCAUUUCAGUUAUUGUAAAUUAAAAUGCUUAGAAUAAGGAAACGGAAAACCUCCUUCCCUGAAGUGGAAGGAGUGGUAGGAAUAGGUGCAUUUUCAUUACAUACAGCAAAACAGUGAGAUACUCAGCUGUCUUCAGGUAACUUUCUACAAAUAAAGCCUAACACUGUUUGAUGCCUUAUUACUGGGAGAUAUCCUAAGUGAUCCAACAUUUUAGUUUUAUUGGACUUCUCUGGUAGAUAUGGUUGAAAUCCAUUGCAAUUUUCUGUCAUUAUUGCCUUGUGAAUCUGAAUAGAACAAUUAUGAAUAUGUGCAUAUUUGUAUAUGAAUAUAAGAGGAUUUCCCAGUAAUUAAUUUCUACACACAAACUAGCCUUUUAGAACUACUUUGUUUUGCAAAGGAACUAGGAAUUGAUGAUACACAUUUUAUAUAGCAUCUUUUCAGUGUGCUGAAGUUAUACAUCUCAAACCUGUGCUCUAUCUAUGCCACCUCCUCCAUGAAAAUGAUGCAAUUGUAAAUUUGGAUUAAACUGUAUAUAAAAGAAAUAUAUUUACUUUCAUUUAUUUGAAUGAAAUGUGUGCAUAUCUAGCCUUUAGUAUGCAUAAUUUGUGGUAUCUUUGCAGAUUUUAUAAAAAUACAAAAAAGUCA